AUGUUCCGCUUCGCUCUCUCUGCCGUCAGCCUCUGGCAGGUCGCUGCUGAUGACCAUAAGGCGGUUAAUGCUACCGGAUCCCCAGCGAGGCUAUUAAUGGACGUCAUCACGGCUAUUACUACUGAGGCUCCUACUAUUCCAAUUCUCGCUGAAGCUCCUAUCCUCACUACGACUGACGCACCACGGCCUACGAAGCCCACAAGGCCUACGAAGCCCACAAGGCCUACGAAGCCCACACGACCUACUAAGCCCACAAGGCCUACGAAGCCCACAAGGCCCACUGAGCCCACACGACCUACUAAGCCCACAAGGCCUACGAAGCCCACAAGGCCCACUGAGCCCACACGGCCUACGAAGCCCACAAGGCCUACGAAGCCCACAAGGCCCACUGAGCCCACACGGCCUACGAAGCCCACAAGGCCUACGGAGCCUACACGACCUACCAAGCCCACAAGGCCCACUGAGCCUACAAGGCCUACGAUGCCCACAAGGCCUACGAUGCCCACUAGGCCUACGAUGCCCACUAGGCCUACGAUGCCCACUAGGCCUACGAUGCCCACAAGGCCUCACUGCAAGAACGGCAAAUGUGAUAAUCCCAACACGAAUCCUGACAAUACGAAAACUGAAUACCCAGAAGGUUGGUCUACUACUGAAGCUCCCACGGAUGUGACCGCUGAGGCCGUUGAAGCUACUACCACCAGCACCUUUGCUGUGGUUACUACCAUUGAAGCUCCUAUUGCAGAGUCUUCUGCGACUGGAGCACCCACGGAGUAUGCUACCACUACGACUGUUACACCUCUGUUGGCCUUCACAACAACUGGAGUCCCUGUAGAGGCUACUACUGAAACCCCUGUAGAUGCUACUACUGAAGCCCCUGUAGAGGCUACGACUGAAGCCCCUGUAGAGGCUACUACUGAAGCCCCUGUAGAUGCUACUACUGAAGCCCCUGUAGGUGCUACUACUGAGGUCCCCAUUGAUGCUACUACUGAGGUCCCUGUAGAGGCGAUAACUGAAGCCCCUGAAGAAGCUACUACUGAAGACCCCACUGACGCUACUACUGAAGUCCCUAGGGAGGCUACUACUGAAGACCCCACUGACGCUACUACUGAAGCCCCUGUAGAGGCUACUACUGAAGACCCCACUGACGCUACUACUGAAGCCCCUGUAGAGGCUACUACUGAAGACCCCACUGACGCUACUACUGAAGCCCCUGUAGAGGCUACUACUGAAGACCCCACUGACGCUACUACUGAAGUCCCUAGGGAGGCUACUACUGAAGCCCCUGUAGAGGCUACUACUGAAGCCCCUGUAGAGGCUACUACUGAAGCCCCUGUAGAGACUACUACUGAAGCCCCUCUAGAGGCUACUAGUGAAGCCCCUCUAGAGGCUACUACUGAAGCUCCUGUAGAUGCUAUUACUGAGGUCCCCAUUGAUGCCACUACUGAGGUCCCUGUAGAGGCGAUAACUGAAGCUCCUGUAGAAGCUACUACUGAAGACCCCACUGACGCUACUACUGAAGUCACUGUAGAGGCUACUACUGAAGCCCCUGUAGAGGCUACUACUGAAGCCCCUGUAGAGGCUACUACUGAAGCCCCUCUAGAGGCUACUAGUGAAGCCCCUCUAGAGGCUACUACUGAAGCCUCUGUAGAGGCUACUACUGAGGUACCCAUUGAUGCUACUACUGAGGUCCCUGUAGAGGCGAUAACUGAAGCUCCUGUAGAAGCUACUACUGAAGACCCCACUGACGCUACUACUGAAGUCACUGUAGAGGCUACUACUGAAGCCCCUGUAGAGGCUACUACUGAAGCCGCUGUGGAGGCUACUACUGAAGCCGCUGUGGAGGCUACUACUGAAGCCGCUGUGGAGGCUACUACUGGAGCCGCUGUAGAUGCUACUAGUGAGGUCUCUAUCGAGGCUACUACUGAAGGUCCCAUUGACGCUACUACUGAAGCUACUACUGAUGCCCCCAUCCUUAUUUAG